AUGUCUCUCUUUCUCACCUUCCCACCUACUCCGAACGAUGCAGACCGUAAGUCACACGGUACUUACACUAGUUUGUACACCUCACCGUCGCGCCGCCCGUUGUUUCCUUGCACCGGUGACCUCAGACCUGGCGCUGUCCAUUCGAGCAGCAAGGUCAAUGCUAAGUCUCGAGUCUCUUGCCCUCUCAUUGGUAUCAGGCUAAUAAUCUUGAUGACAGUUCAUCUUCGUAUCGUCAAGAAGGGGGGCCCUUCCAACAAGGGUUCCCGCCGCUCCUGCAUGGGCCGUCGAAGAAACCACAAACCGUCGCCCGGGCCUCCUAACUUCCGUACAACUCUUCCGCCCUACGCUGAUUGCGAUGAUGAUGAUCCGUACGAAUUAGGAAAGAAAAAUGAAAUGAGAUUCGACUCUUCGAGUGGCCGAGAACGCCGUUUCGUCUGGCUUGGUCAAUCCAUCGUCUUCUUCAAUCUCCAAGCGCGACAAUUCCGAUGA